AUGGAAGAGAUCAUGUCCAACAACGUUCAGCGCAAGGUUCUUCACGAGGAGGAAGUCAGUAAAAUUCAGGCUGAAGUUGACCGUUUUGACCAAACCAGAAAAAUACUGGACUGGGUCUCAGCCAAAGGAGAGGCUGCAUGCUACGAGUUACUGAUGAUUCUCGACAUCACAAGGAAGAGGACCUUAGGCGACGCUGACUUACAGCAAUGGAUCAGCUGCUUCCCCUUCGAGGAAGACCCAGAGAUGACAGACUACCUUGUUGAUACACAUGUGGAUUCAUCUGACUCUAAAAUUAAAAUGAAGAAUAAAAGAUGCAAGAAAGUUCGCCCUAAAAAGCUAAAGAGCUUCAUCCCCAUGGCCAAACAGGAAACAUCCCCGGCUGAGCUGCUAAAAACACAUGAGAAAAAAAUCCUCCUGGUUGGAAAACCUGGAAUUGGAAAAACAACAGUCGCCCAUCAAAUGUUGAACCUCUGGGCAGAGAAAGAUCACAGAGAACUAGAUUACCUGUUUUAUUUUGACGUGAGAGACAUUUCACACAGAAAACCCAUGAGCCUGGAGGACCUUCUCUUUAACAUGUACAGUGAGCCAAAAGGAAGCAAAGAAGAAGUGUUACAGGAUAUUAAGAAGAACUCUGAAAACGUUGUCAUCAUAUUUGAUGGAAUCACAGACCUCUCCUAUCUAUCGGUAGUAAAGAACCUUGUGGAGAAACUCCUCCCUGAUGCAAAGAUUGUGACCACAUGCAGACCAGAUCAAUCUGAAGACUUCCUGACAGACUGGCCCACAGACUGGUUCAGAGUGGAGGUCAAAGGGUUCAGUGAUGAAUCCAUCAGGACUUACUUAACACAGAUGCUGAGUGCUGAGCCUGACUCCUUGAGCAGUGUGUUAAACAACCUAGAGUUGUUCAGUCUGUGCCAUGUCCCAAUGUACGCACUGAUGGUGGUUGCCUGCAUUUAUUUCCCUACCUCAGAGGCUCCUAAACAGACAUGCACUAUAACUGAAAUGUAUAGCAACAUCCUCCGUCACUGCAUCCAAAAACACAGUGCCAAACGAUGUAAGGAUACCAACAAGUGUCUCAAAGAAAACAAAGAGAAAAUAUUGUCUUUGGCAGAAAUUGCUUUUGAUGCGACAAAUGAAAAAAACAUGAACUUGACAACACUGAGUUGUGAAGAAAGCAGUGUCCAUUUUGCAUUCUUGGGGGCACUUAUGGUUAAGGUUGCACCCACAGCGUCAGACACCUACUCAGCAUUUCUCCACUACACAAUGCAGGAGUUCUUUGGUGCCCUUUGGCUCUUACAGAAUCCAGACAAAAUCAGAGAGGUUCUACAGAAGUGCCAGACUGAAGAAUGGAAACACACAAAACACUUGAUUCCUUUCCUGUGUGGCCUUCUGAAUGAGAGGAAUAUUAGAUUGGUAAACGGUCUAGUUCCAGAUCAACAGAUCAAGAAGACGUCAGAAUGGUUCUUCAAGGAAGUGGUGAACACAUUUCUUCCAUCUCAAACAAACCAAGAUCAUGCAGAAGGUGGUGCUCCUGAGUUUGAGAUAGAUCUUCUGUUUUUGUGUCAGUGCUUGUAUGAAUAUCAGUCUACUGAUGCCUGUCAGCUUCUCCUGGACAAACUGGACUAUCAUCUAGACCUGAGUGGAGAACAUCUUGAUCCUCACCAGUGCUGUGCAGUCUCUUACGUGACCAGUCAGUCUGCAGAGAGAAAUGUUGGCUUGGACCUGGACAGCUGCACUGUGUCAGACCAAGGAGUAAGGCUGAUACUGGGCUCUCUGAAGAACGUCAGACAUCUUGGACCAUCCUCUGGUGAUUCAUCUGACCCCUCAAUGCUGUGUCAACUCUGGACAACUUUGCUGAGAAGUGAGGCAGAGAUGGACUUCACCAGCUUACUUGGUCUCUGUGGAAAUGAGUUGCACCUUCCAGUCCAGGGUGAAAGACGAGUGUUUGAGAGAGCAGAAGAAGUGAUGAAACAGAGUCUAGAGAGGGUUCGUCUCUGUCUACACUGGGGUCAGAGAACUGUUCUCAGUGAAGCUCUCAGCAAAACCAUUUUAAAGUGUCUAACAAAUAUCAACAAGCUCAGGUUUACCCCUCUACAGCAUCAGAGAGGAUCCCCUGAAAGACUGGAGACAGAAGAGAAAGCAGUCCUACUAGAUUUGUGUCUACAAGCAGCACUAGAUCACAGAGAUACAGUCCAGAGAACUGUGAACACACUGCUGUCAAUGUUCUCUGUGUAUCAAACUGAGAGAUAUGACAUCCUGCUGGAUCUGUACUCUCAUGUGAAGUACAAUAGGAAUCAAACAGCCAGGAGUGUCCUUCCAUCAUUGAACCCGCUUUACCAGCCAGCUCCUGCAGUCUGGUCCAUAGACCUCUCAGAGAGAAAGGCCUCCCUCCUCCUAGAAGUGCUGAAACUCCAACCAGAGAAGAAACCAGUAGAGCUGAAGGGCUGGUCAGAUGAAGAGAGUGAAGUGAGGAGUUUCCUUCAGUGUCUGCCCUACAUCUCACAGCUGAGUUUUACUCCACCACAGGAUCAGAGAAGAUCCCCUGAAGAGAGGAGAACGAGAGAGAAGACAUUACUACUGAAUCUGUGUCUUCAAGCAGCUCUCCAUGAAAGAGGAACCAUACAAACAACUGUAGAGAAAGUGUUGUCACUGUCUAAAGUAUAUCACAACCAGAAAUGUGAUUUCCUGCUGGAUCUGUACUCACAUGUGAAGGACUAUGAGACUCAAACAGGCAGGAGUGUCCUUCCAGCAUUACAGCCAGUUUACCAGUCAGCUCCUGCAGUCUGGUCCAUAGACCUCUCAGAGAGAAAGGCCUCCCUCCUCCUAGAAGUGCUGAAACUCCAACCAGAGAAGAAACCAGUAGAGCUGAAGGGCUGGUCAGAUGAAGAGAGUGAAGUGAGGAGUUUCCUUCAGUGUCUGCCCUACAUCUCACAGCUGAGGUUUCCUCCACUGAAGGAUAUUAUAGAGAGGAGAAAGAGAGAGAAGACAUUCCUACUGAAUCUGUGUCUUCAAGCAGCUCUCCAUGAGAGAGGAACCAUACAAACAACUGUAGAGAAAGUGUUGUCACUGUCUAAAGUAUAUCACAAUCAGAAAUGUGAUUUCCUGCUGGAUCUGUGCUCACAUGUGAAGGACUAUGAGACUCAAACAGGCAGGAGUUUCCUUCCAGCAUUACAGCCAGUUUACCAGUCAGCUCCUGCAGUCUGGUCCAUAGACCUCUCAGAGAGAAAGGCCUCCCUCCUCCUAGAAGUGCUGAAACUCCAACCAGAGAAGAAACCAGUAGAGCUGAAGGGCUGUUCAGAUGAAGAGAGUGAAGUGAGGAGUUUCCUUCAGUGUCUGUCCUACAUCUCACAGCUGAGGUUGUUUGUUUGUUAUGGUAAAGAGACCUGGCUUGUUCUGUCUAAACUCAGUGUUGCUGCAGCUGAGUUUGAUACAGAGACAGGAGAGAAUAUCUUUAAGACAUUAUCCUCCAUGUGCAGAUACACAUAUGAUGAUGAUGAUGAUGGUGAUCCAUUUAUUGAGAGUGAUUUCCUGCUGGAUCUGUACUCAUAUGUGAAGGACUAUGAGACUCAAACAGGCAGGAGUGUCCUUCCAGCAUUACAGACAGUUUACCAGUCAGCUCCUGCAGUCUGGUCCAUAGACCUCUCAGAGCGAAAGGCCUCCCUCCUCCUAGAAGUGCUGAAACUCCAACCAGAGAAGAAACCAGUAGAGCUGUGGGGCUGGUCAGAUGAAGAGAGUGAAGUGAGGAGUUUCCUUCAGUGUCUGUCCUACAUCUCACAGCUGAGGUUGUUUGUUGAUUAUGAUAAAGAGAAGGCCUGGCCAGUUCUGUCUAAACUCAGUGUUGCUGCAGCUGAGUUUGAUACAGAGACAGGAGAGAAUAUCUUAAAGACAUUAUCCUCCAUGUGCAGAUACAUAUAUGAUGAUGAUGAUGAUGGUGAUGAUCCAUUUAGAGAGAGUCAUUUCCUGUUGGAUCUGUACUCACAUGUGAAGGACUAUGAGACUCAAACAGGCAGGAGUUUCCUUCCAGCAUUACAGCCAGUUUACCAGUCAGCUCCUGCAGUCUGGUCCAUAGACCUCUCAGAGAGAAAGGCCUCCCUCCUCCUAGAAGUGCUGAAACUCCAACCAGAGAAGAAACCAGUAGAGCUGAAGGGCUGGUCAGAUGAAGAGAGUGAAGUGAGGAGUUUCCUUCAGUGUCUGACCUACAUCUCACAUCUGAG